AUGUCGUGUAAAACGCGAAGUAAAAUAGAAUGCCCUAUUUUUAGAGCUCGCAAAUGUAUUAGUGAAAAUGUUCUGCCGACGUAUGAAGAUAUGAACAGGUAUUUCAAUUGUGUAGAAUAUGAACUUAAGCCUCUAUCAACAAAUCCACAGCAAACCGCAACUGAAGCAACUAAAGUUGUUGUCAAAAAAAUUUGGGACAAAGCUUCGAUUUCCACUGUACUUCAGUGUACUAUUAUUAAACGUAUAACAAGCUAUCGUCUUAAAAUAAGAAAUUUAUUAAAACCUUAUAAACAACGAAAUAAAGUCAUAAGCAGAAGUAGUUUUCUAUUAGAUCAAAGGACCGUAAGAAAAAUGUUGAUUAGUUCACUGGAUGUAAAAACAACUAAAAUAAACCAGAAGCGAAUUGAAAGAAACAAAUUAUUGAACACAAAAAGCGAAUUAGAUGAGAAUGAGAAAUCUGGGUUACAAGUGAAAAAAGAUACACAGAGAGUGGAAAGAUCCCAACAAGAAUCCAGUACUUCUCAACAAGUUUUUACCGUACCUCAAGGAUGUUUACAAAUUCAACUUGAGUUCAACAUAAUUGAGUCGAAUAUUCCGGCACUAGAUGAGUCUGUAAGUACUGAUCUCAGCACAGAUCAAAAAUAUCUUUAUGAUAUAUGUGAUGCUAUUUCAAAAGGAACUGUUGACGAAAACUUAUCCACACGAAGCCCUGGUAAAAUUUUGCAUUCCCGAUGGCUGACAACGGCUAAUCGCAUACUGCGACUAUACGUUUCAACAGCUGAACCAUCAGAAAACUUGUCUACCUUGGGAGCCUUUAAUGUCUGGGAAAUGAUUAGUUUGUCAAGGCAUUUACCGAAAAGAUUGAAAGAAGUGAUCGAUCCAGUGAUAUUGCGAAAUAGUUAUUUUGCACAUCCUGAAAAUAUUCUGCUUGGAAUGCUAGGGGACACAAGAGAGCAUAUUCAAAAGUUUGCUGUGCUUCGAAUUUUUAAAACUCGGAAUUCUAACAAACAGCAAUCAAGACGAAAAUUUGAAGAUCCAAAUUCGCUGAAUAUGAGCGCUUCCAGUUAUAUGGACUUGAUUGAUUGGAGUACUUCUGUUAUAACAGAACCGCCAUUAACAAUGGAGUUACCAGAAGAAGUUUUAAAUGAUAUCUUGAAAAAUCCGGCUUCAUCGAUGUUAUUUUCUGAAAUAAAAUCGUAUCUAUGUCACAUGCAAGACGGUGGAACGGGCUGUUAA